AUGAAUGCCGGGCGCGAACUGCAACAGCUGUCCGCGUGCUUUGUGCUUCCGGUCGAGGAUUCGCUGGAUUCCAUCUUCACCAAGGUGAAGGAGACGGCGCUGAUCCACAAGAGCGGCGGCGGCACGGGCUUUGCCUUUUCGCGACUGCGCCCGGAGGGGGACGUCGUGGGGUCGACCGGAGGCGUGGCGUCGGGCCCGGUGAGCUUCAUCAACGCCUUCGAUGCCGCCACCGACGUGGUCAAACAGGGCGGCACCCGCCGGGGCGCGAACAUGGGCAUCCUGCAUGUUACGCACCCGGACGUGUUGUCGUUCAUCAGGUCCAAAGAGGACGGAACGCGUCUCAGCAACUUCAAUAUCUCCGUUGCGGUUACGGAAGAUUUCAUGGUGAAGGCGGAAAACGGCGAGGACUAUGAUCUCGUCAACCCGCGCACCGGGGACGUGGUCGGGAGUCUCUCAACGCCGGCGAAGUGUUCCGACAAUGACGGAGCUGGCCUGGCGCACCGGCGACCCGGGUAUCGUGUUCCUGGACCGCAUCAUCGCGACAACCGAACCCGCAGCUGGGAGACAUCGAGAUCGACCAAUCCGUGCGGCGAGCAGCCGCUGCUGCCAUACGAAUCCUGCAACCUGGGUUCGCUGAACCUGGCAAGGAUGGUGCGUUACACGGACGAUGACGUGCUGGUUGACUGGGAACGGAUGAGUGAAGUCAUCACGACCGCGGUGCACAUGCUGGACUGCGUGAUCGACAUGAACGACUAUCCCAUCCAGGAGAUAGCCGACAUGAGCCGGCGGACCAGGCGCAUCGGGUUGGGCGUCAUGGGAUGGUCGGACCUGCUGAUCCAAAUGGGCGUGCGCUACGACAGCGUGGAAGCCCUGGGAAUUGGCGCCGUGACGUCAUGA